AUGGCACUGACACAGGCGGCCAUACUCCCAGGACCCUCUUGGGACGAAGAGGUCGUACCAGCUCUGCGCAAACGUCUGCAAAGCGAAAGCCGGACAUUGUCCAAGCGCAUGUCCGCUAUUUCUUUAUCAGAAGCCGACGAAUCACCCUAUCCCAACUACGACGAUUUUACCGUACGACAAAAGUCCUCUGUCAGCCCUGGUUCCCAAUCUAGCAGUAGACGUGGUGGCACUCGUCUGCAGCUUGCUUAUCAGCAGCCGGAUCGUAUGUCAUCCACAGCCACUCCCCGUGUCAAUGGCAGUAGCGCGGAUUCAUCAUCGUCAGCAAAGAACCAGAAGCCUUCUUCCUCAGAGUUCCAGCGUUCAAGGACUUACUCACAGCCUUUCACCACCGACCUACCCAACGGCAACGCUCGGCCAAAGCCUACCACUGCGAAAUCAUACGAUGCGACGCGAGCGCUGUCACCACGACCUGCCGACCUCAAACCUACACGAAUACCCGUGGCGUCCCGUGUGAGCUUGUCGAGCAAUGGACAUUCUCCUCCCCCACUGCCAUCUAACGGCUACAGUCCCUACUCGCCAACGCAGCAAUUUUAUCCUGAAUCAACAAGAAUUUUGCCAACUACCGUUCGUCUCAUGAACGAGUCCCCACCCUUCUCAUCCACCUCUUCGAUUAACUAUUCACAGAAUGGACAUGAAGAGUAUGAAAACGCUCCCCCGCGACAUUCAAACGACUCGGAGGAACGCCCUUUCGAACACUGGUAUCGGGGAGAGGUAUCGAGGAACGGCGGUGUAGGUGAGCUGAGAGUGGGUCGGAGGCAGGAGAUGCUAGAGAUCGCAAACUACGGACACACCCUUGCCAAGAAGAAGAAGCUGGCUUCAAAGGCGGUCAACCACGCAGAAGACUACCGUCGUCACCGUAAACGUGCGGACAGCAUUGCUGGAAUCACUAUCAAGGAGCGAGAACAGGAAAGCCUGUAUCUUGAUGACGAGCACGUCAACGAAGACGAAGUCGGUCAGGUGCUAGAUGAAAGUCCUCUGACUGACUUGGAUGGAGAAAUGUCGGAUCUGGCAUCAAAUACUUCCUCUCACCGACGGAGUGGGUACGAUCACAUUCCCGGGGUGGGGGAUAUAUCAACGACCGUUUCGGACCGCAGUGUUACUACCAAAAUACCUCCAUUACCUGCACUACAACAGCGGCCGCAGCAAAAUGGUCACUAUCCCCAUCCCACGCGGAUUCCUGGCCCCUCCUCACGACGCUCAUCAGAAUCCCGAGUGUCAACGCCAACACUUAAUACUUCCCGAGGGACGAAUAACUCUGCCGGGUCUCCGUCCCCACCGCCCCAAGCGCCGGCGCAGCAGACUCCGCCAACGAAGCAAGCUGGUGCACAACCACAGAUGUCCGUAAAUAAGCGAGGCGUGUCGCCAGCCUCGGCGUCUGCAUCCAAGAAGUCGCGGACAGCUGCGUCAAAAGCGACUAGGGCCAAGACCACGGCAGCGAGGAAGGAGCAGGAGGAUUUGGCGAAUAGGAAGAGUGUGGCUUAUUAUCCUAGUCCGGGAAGUGAGGGAGAUGAUGAUAUGGCGGAUGCUAUUCCUUCGUGGACGCAGCCGAAACUCAAAGAAGGGAAUUGGGAUGAGGUUGUAUUGCCUGUUGUUGCGCGUAAGAAAGGAUUAGACGACCAAUACGAGAAGGCGGAUGGAGGUCCACAACUAAAGAAGGCUGAUAACACAAUUGCACCUGUACUUGCCCUCGCUUUCUUCAAUCGCCAAUUCACUGACACAUUCGUUCCACAGGCUCCAGGUACAUUUGGGUACGACCACUCCAAAUACCGUCCACCACGUGACGGUGAAUCCAUACCCAUGGAUGAAUUUGGGCGACAGGAAGAUCCAGUUGACGAAUACGAGCAGACGGGCGACAAGUUUGAAGAACAGACGUUGCCGGACGAAUCGCGCUUGCCCAAAUGGCGUGCAUCUCCGCCCUCACCAGCGCCUUUCUCCCAAUACGCACCUCCAAGAGACAAGAAGACCACGAUCUUGCCUGCUAACCCUGUCAAUUCAGAAGUGGACAGGAUACCACAGCAUAUGGAGGAAGAGAAGGGCGCGGGGUGCUGUGCUGGUUGUGUGGUUAUGUGAUUCAUUUUGGAUGGACAAUCUAUCGGUUUCAUUCGACCUUUGUCUUUUCUGAGGGCAUUCGUACAUUGGAAAUUCCGGCGCCGUAAUUACGGCGAUC